CAGAAACGUCACUGUACUAGAGGACUUUGCGUUGCCCGCACGGACUCGAAGUCCAUUCUCCAAACCUACAAAACCCGGAGGCCGCUGCAAAGCCAAACACAGAGACUUCAAUAACGAGCGCUUCGCGAAGAGAUUUCUUGGCUUUGACCCCAAUGGCCUCCGAUGCUUCUGACGCUCUUGCAGUGAGGCAGAAAGUUCAACAAUUUCUUAACGCAGCUCGUGCUGGAAAUAUUGAUCUCUUGAAAAAUUUGGCGGGGCAGCUUGAUGAUGGCAAGGAUUUAGCUAAAACUGUGGCAGCAAUCAAGGAUGCCAAUAAACGAGGAGCAUUGCAUUUUGCGGCUCGCGAAGGGAAGACUGAGGUUUGUAAAUACCUGUUGGAGGAAUUGAAGCUCAACGUGGAUGAGAGAGAUGACGAUGGCGAGACUGCUCUUAUACAUGCUGCUCGUCAAGGGCACACUGCUACAGCUAAAUAUCUUAUUGACCAUGGUGCCAAUCCUGCUAUUGCUAGCAACUUAGGAGCCACGGCCUUGCAUCAUUCUGCAGGAAUAGGAGAUAUUGAGUUACUCAAGUAUUUGCUUUCCAGAGGUAUUGGUGCUGAUUUAGAAAGUGAUGCGGGAACACCAUUGAUUUGGGCUGCGGGUCAUGACCAGAAAGAUGCUGUCAGUAUUCUGUUAGAACACCAUGCAAACCCUAAUGCUGAGACUGAUGAUGGUGUUACUCCACUCCUUUCAUCUGUGGCAGCCGGUUCUCUGACAUGUAUAGAGCUGUUAGUUCAGGCAGGUUCUAAUGUAAAUGUUAGCGCUGGUGGAGCAACUCCUUUGCACAUUGCUGCUGACAGUGGAAAUCCAGAACUUAUAAAUUGCCUAUUGAAAGCUGGAGCUGAUCCUAAUGUCGCUGAUGAGGAUGGUAUGAAGCCGAUCCAGGUUGCAGCUCUAAGGGGAAAUCGCAAAGCUGUUGAGAUAUUGUUUCCCUUGACAUCAAACGUUGAAACUGUUCCCACUUGGAGUAUUGAUGGCAUUCUAGAGUCUGUGCAAUCAGAAUAUAAAAAUCAACAGGAAACAAGACGUGCUUCGGAAACUAGUUGCCACAAGGAUACUGCUUUGCCAGAGCAAAAUCUCCCUGAGGUGACACCUGAAGCCAAGAAUAAAGCUGCAGAAGCAAAAUCAAGAGGGGACGAGGCCUUUAGAAGGAAAGAAUAUUAUAUGGCUGUAGAUGCCUAUACACAAGCAAUUGAUCUAGACCCCACUGAUGCUACUCUUCUAUCCAAUAGAAGUCUUUGUUGGAUCAGGUUGGGUCAAGCGGAGCGUGCUUUAGCUGAUGCAAAGGCCUGCAGAGCAUUAAAACCAGACUGGCCAAAAGCUUGUUAUAGGGAAGGGGCAGCUUUACGCUUGUUGCAGAAGUUUGAUGAAGCAGCAAAUGCAUUUUAUGCGGGAGUGAAGCUUGAUCCUGAAAAUAGGGAGCUUGUAAAUGCAUUCAGGGAAGCUGUUGAAGCUGGGAGGAAAUUUCAUGGGACGGCUAAGGAUGAUAAGUAGUCAAGUAGCAGAGGGCAGAUCCUGUUGAAAUGUUGCAGAUGUGGCAAUCCUAUUUUUUGUAACGUAUUUAUUUUUUUUUUAAAUUUUGUAGUAUGAGCCAGGACCUGUCUUUUAUAAUACUGGUAAUUAGUAAUUAGAAAAAUUUUACGUAGUUGGCGUGUUUAUGGGAUUGAUUAUGGGACUGCCCUGAGAUAUCUCGAAUCGAAUUGCUGCGGGGUUGAUUAUUGCAAUAUUGGGAGUCCCAAAAAGGAGAGGAAAUCAAAGUGAAAAUGAUAACAUUGUCAUUCUAUUCUAA